ACCUUCCUUUUCUCAAGGAUUUGGUAGCUGGCCAGAUUUUCUGCUGAUUUUAAGUCCUACUUUUGGUUAGGACCUCGGUGAAUUCUCCAGCCAGCUUACCCACCUGUCCUUUCCUGGCUAAAUAUCAGCAGGAGGUUACAUUGCCAUUUCAACCACCAAAAAGCUCUUGUUUCUUCCGUAAAUACAGCUUAAUGAAGUGUCACCCAGGCAGUUGGCCUUACCCUUCUUCAGUUCCUUUUCAUUAGCAGAGGGCAUAUUUCAAUUUUCCCUAGCAUCUUCUUUGCGCUGCAUCUAUUUCUCUGCGCUGCCUCUCCUGACUAGAGAAAUAACUCAAAGGCAAACAUGAAUAACUCUCCAAUGUACCAAAACUACGAGGCAAGCGAUCAUGGUGCUUACGAGUUUGAUCCUCAAGUUGACUUUACACUGUUCUUGGAAGAAGCAAGACAACAUGCAAGAGAAAUGAAUCUGCAGUCAAUUUUACCACAUCCAGAAUCUGGAAAAGAAAGAGUGGAAGAAGAGAAAAAGAGCAGGAGGUCCUGGAAACACUCUCUCCUCAAAUGGUGGAAUGCUGAGAAAAAGACCAAGCCUCUCGUAGGAGCAACAAAUGGCUCCAACAUUUCAAAUCCAAGAAAGGGUCAUGUCUCCGGUCCUAUAUAUGGAAGUGGCAGAGGAGUUGAAGUCAGGUAUCGGCGACAAACAUCUGGGCCGCUGACUAAUCUUUUCAACCGUUCCAAGAGCGUGAAGAACGAGAACCGUUAUGUGUGUCAUGACCAUCUUAACAAUCCCCAUGGUGUCAAGGCCUAUGGACCUGUUUACCUGGUAACUUAGUAUUUCGGCGACAAAAGCUUUGCACUGAAACUUCUUCACUUUCCGUAGUGCAGUAGCUCUUGGUCGAAGGAUGGUGACACCGAGUGUAUUUGAUCAUUCGGAGAGGCAGAAACAACUAAUAUCUGGAAUCCAAGUAAUCAGCUUUAAUUUGUGUACAGUAGAUUAUUUAUAAUAGAAAGAGGUCGAGACCAGGACAACCUGUUAGUUUUAUUCUAUUAUCUGUCUCCUUCUCGCUUGCUUGUUUUUCUAGUCAAGACUGUGCAACCCAGAUAAAUAUUAAAGUAAAAAACUAUUCCAAGUAGCCAAUUGAGCUUUCUGCCUUGUAUUGGCUUGUGUUUAUCCAAACUGCAGUAUACUUGACGCAUAUGGAAAAAUAAAAAGAAUCAAUAUCAACAUAUGAAGACAAUUUAAAAUAAAAAAAUAAUCAAAUUUUCGGCAGCUACAAACACUCGUAGAUUGACCGUAGCCGCAGAAGUUUAUCAAUUUGAACGAUACCCAGAUGACUUCCUUCUCAUCCUUUUUGAACUUUGUUCCAACUCCCAAGUGUCAACAUGAAGGAAUGUCGACGGAAAGAAAA